AUGUCUUCGAACCAAUUUAAUCGUCAACAUCAAUUGAUUAUCAAUUUCGAAUGGAUUGAAUCGGGCGCAUAUAUAUUUUCGCAUAACAUCUUCGACUUAUUUUCCAAUCUACAAAACGUAUCCUUACGUGCGAACACAUUGACAUCGCUAACAAUUCUACCAUUUUGGUCGCAUUUGAAAUCGAUUCGUCAUCUCGAUCUAUCACAAAAUCGUCUCAUAACUAUCAACAGCCGUGACUUCCAAUCAUUUCAUAAUUUAGUCUCAUUAAAUAUCUCACUGAAUUUUAUUACUACAGUCGAACCGAUUUGGCUAUUGAAACCAUUGCACACGAUUGAUCUUUCCCAUAAUGGAAUCAAUUCACUUGGUUACACACGCCUUCAGAAUGGUACAUCCGAAAUAAACCCCUGCCUUCUGGAGCAAGUUUACCUCAAUCAUAAUCGUGGCCUUUUAUCUUUCACACAACUGCAAACAACCAUCAUGGAUGUUUGUCCAUUUCUCGAUCGCUUUCAAUUAAUCGACAAUCAUUGGCACUGUGCCUGCAAUGAUCUUAUCAAUUCAUUGAAACGCUAUCGAACAUUACUUCUCAUUGACGAUUAUUCUCAGACGCUAAGUGGACAAUGCGAAACUCCCUUAUCCUUACGUAAUAUUGAUAUCCAAAAAAUUAGCGAGGAGUUAGUUUGCGAUCAUCUACUUCUAUUCGAUUCGUCGUCGUAUAACACUGAUGAUCAAUCAUCAUCGGUAUAUCCUCGGCAAAUCAUGUGCUUAUUUAUUCUGGGUUGUAUCAUUGGAAUUAUCAUCGGCAUAUGUCUACGUUAUUGUGCACAUCGUUGUUUCGAUAUAUUUACGUGUAUGUUAUUGAAAUUUGAUAGACAAAAAGUAGUGGAUGAAGGUCGCCCGGAUGAAUCGAUCCAAAUGACCGAUUCUCUUCAUCGUCAAAAUCGUUCUGUCUAUUGUCCGACAACGGAAUCUGAUUCCUUGCCAAGUUAUUCUCAAGUAAUGAACGACAUUUUCUAUUUGGACAUUCUUACACGAUCGGCACCUAUCGAAAAUGAUGAAGAAUGUUGA